CCUCCCCCUUUCUCCGCGGCGCGCCAUGUGUUGCGGAGGGACCCGGCGCGCCCUAUUUAAACCGGGGCGAUGAGCCCGGGAGCCACAGGAGGCGGAGGGAGACUCAGGAGGAGGAGAUGAUGAGGAGGGGGCGGAGGAGGAUGGUGGUGGUGGCGCCCCCGAGGCCCCUCCGCCGCCGGGGCCAGACCCACAGCCACAAAGCCUGGUAGCGGCGUUGCGGGAAGGACCUUCUCCUCCUCUCCGUGCCCUUCUUGCCGCGGCCAUGCGCUGCCCCGCCGGAGCCUUUGCUUUCCUGGUGCUGCUGCUGCUCUCUCACUCGGCGGCUCCGGAGGAAGACGAGGAGGAGGAGGAGUCGCGGAGGCUGCUGGUGCUGGUGCUUCUCCCCCAGGAGCCCUCCUUCCCCUUCUCUUUGCCGCGGGUGCGCCCGGCCGUGGAGUACGCCGUGCGGAGCCUGGAAGCCAACGGGACGCUCCUCCCGGCGGGCUUCCACUUGGAGCUGCUCUUCGAGGACUCCGGCUGCGGGAACGGCGCGCUCUUCGCCCUGGUGGACCUGGUGGCGCGGCGGCGGCGCUGGCCCGACUUGCUCCUGGGCCCGGCCUGCGACUACGCGGCCGCCCCGGUGGCCCGCCUGGCCUCGCACUGGGGGCUGCCCAUGCUCUCCGCCGGAGCCCUGGCCGCGGGCUUCGGGGCCGGCGGGAGCAAGGGCAAGGGCGGCGAGUACUCGCACCUGACGCGCCUGGCGCCGGGCUACGCGCAGCUGGGACACAUGCUCCUGGCGCUCUUCCGGCACCGCCGAUGGGCCCGCGUCCUGCUCGUCUACCGCGAGGACCGCGACCAGCGCACCUGCUUCUUCGCCGCCGAGGGCGUCCACGGGGUCUUCCGCGAAGCCGGCAUACACCUCGACGACUUCGCCUUCGACGAGGCCGGGAAGUUCGCCGACGACGUGGUGCGCGCCAUCCAGGGCAGCGGGGAGAGAGUUGUGAUCAUGUGUGCCAGCAGUGACGCAAUACGGGACAUCAUGCUGGCUGCACAUCGACAAGGGAUGACCAAUGGAGACUAUGCCUUCUUCAAUAUAGAACUCUUCAACAGCUCAUCAUAUGGAAAUGGCUCGUGGAAAAGAGGAGACAAAUAUGAUCUCGAAGCAAAGCAAGCAUACUCAUCCCUCCAGACAGUAACAUUACUGAGAACAGUGAAACCAGAGUUUGAGAAAUUUGCCCAGGAGAUGAAAAGUUCCGUUCAGAAACAAGGAAUCAUUCCCGAUGAUUAUGUUAAUAUGUUUGUGGAAGGAUUCCAUGAUGCUAUUAUCCUUUAUGUUCUGGCUUUGCGAGAAGUUCUGAAGAAUGGUUUCACUAAGAAAGAUGGAGAGAAAAUUGUCCAUCAGACAUGGAACAGGACUUAUGAAGGCAUUGCAGGGCCAGUAUCCAUAGAUGCCAAUGGAGAAAGAUUCGGGGAUUUUUCCGUAAUUGCAAUGACUGACCCAGAAGCUGGAACCCAGCAGGUUAUUGGGAACUAUUAUGGAAAACAGGGACGGCUUGAAAUGUUUCCAAAUUUAAAUUAUCUCUGGGAACACAGACCGAGAAUAGAUGACAGCAGAGGUUUGGAGCACCCAAGCAAUACACCCUGCAAAUCAUCAGGUGGCCUUGGAGAAUCAGCAGUAACAGGAAUAGUUGUGGGUGCCUUAUUAGGAGCAGGACUGUUGAUGGCCUUCUACUUUUUCAGGAAAAAAUACAAAAUAACUAUUGAAAGGAGAAGCCAACUCGAAGAAUACAACAUUGGCAAGCACCGCCAAUUACGGGAAGACUCUAUAAGGUCUCACUUUUCUGCUGCAUGAAAUGGAGAAAAACAAAUUGCUUUUGCAGGGAAACUCUAUAGACAAAUGGAUGCUACCAAAGACAGCUACAGAAAAGAAGCUCCUUAAGGACUCAGCAUUUCAAAAAGUAGGAUAACGUUGUCUUUUCCACCCCAGAAACUCAGGAAUGAUUUACUAGCCACACUAUGCCACAUGGCCUUUAAAGUAAUCUAGAUGAAAGAAAAGUGAUACAAGUGCAGCUUUUCUCUUGGCGAGAUGAUGUUAACCCUUUUACAUGUAUUCUGAGACAGCAUCCUCUGGUCAGUCAUUUUUGUGUCUUGGAAAUGUGAAUGGUUCUUCUGUCUGCUUUCUUUGAAACUUCAGAUCAUCCUUCAUUAGCUGCUUCUUACAACAGAUUGUAAAAGAAAUGUGAUCUCAGAAACACAAGUUCUGCUUUACAGCCAGAACAAAAAGAUGUAUUGAACAGUGAAAAGACAGGAUGGGGGAAAAUGGGAGCAUGUAGAUCGUACAAGGAUUUAUUGGGAAAGUAUAUGCAUGUUUUGUUCUUGGACAUUAAAAAAGUCAAAGGUUUGAGGAAAGAGAAUACACAGCUCUAAGGCGAAGAUAGUUCCUAAGUGAUCCCUGUGGCAAAUGUGUUUGAAACUGAUGUAAACAGGUCAACUGCUUGCCAGUGGUCUUGGAAGAGGAAAUUUGGACUUCAAAUAAAUUCCAUUUGCACAGAACAUUAUUUCCAGGAAGACAGACACAUGCACAUACAUACACACAGCAUUUCCACCAUCUAUGUGUAGGAAGCCUAUCAUAGAGGUCACCACGGAAUUAUGCUGGCACAUUUUCUGCUUUCAUUCUUUGAAUGUUUUCAGUAUAAGAAAAGCACAAGAGGUUCAGAUAAAAGAAAGAAAAACAUAUAGCUUGGCCUAUGCAUCAAGUAUUGUGAGCUGUAGUAGUAUAUAGUAAUAUAGAAUUUCCACUUCAGAGUGCAGAUGUGUGGGUCAGUUACCAUUUCUGCACCACACAUACAGGCACGCACUGCAGGAAGAAGUCAUGCCCCUAACAUUUGAAAGAAGGUGUUUCUAACAUGAAAGGAUUUCCCUCACAUGUACUUGGAAAUAGUACAUUCCAUUGUAUCACGUUUUUCCUCUGACUUACUCUGUUUGAUCUGUAAACCAGGUCUUACUUCUGUCAAUGAGAGCCCUGCCUCAGUCAAAGCACCUUAUACUGAUAUCUGUGCCUGUACGCAUUCUGAAACAUGCACACAUGUCCAAAAGAGCUGGAAGUCCUACUGGCAUUCUGGUUCCUCUGUUCUUCACCAUAUCACUCUGCUGCUCCUUCAGCUUUUGAUUGUUGUCACUGAAUUUGAAACUCAUCAACAAGAUAAGAGUUUUGACUGUCCAUCCGCACAUGUGUGGCAAACAUGCAGAUGAGAUGACUGCAGUGCUUACCUAAAGCAGCUGUUAUGCUGCAUGCACCAUUGAAACGUGUACUUAGUUUCAAGUAACCAAGUACAGCAUCAGGAAUGCAGCAUUUGCAUUCACACUCUGAAUUUUUCAAUAGGAAGCAGAUAUCCCACUGCCACAUUACAAUCUGUGUAGUGUCCAAACUGUGUAAAUACUAGUAUCGAAGUGUUAUUGUAAAGUAAAGGUAAGGCAAUAGGGUUUUUUGUAUUAGUGUUGGGGUUUUGGAUCUUUCUAGCUGUGUGAGAAAUGGUCGUUUUGGGUUAACAUUGUAUGUUUUUAAGUAUUCUUCAUCUUAUAUUUUUCUAUUAGAAAAAAAAGGUUGUUUUAUUUCACUUUGAAAAUUCAAAGUGAGUGCACAUUUGAAAAGCUAUUUUUCUUUUUAAAUUGUGAAUAAUAAUGAGCACAGAACUUUUCAGAUGUAAAUAAAAUUAGUAUAUUUUACCUUUGCUUAUUGGGAAAAUCUUCACCCUUCGUUCCUUAGGCAUGGCUCUCUGAUUCAGUUGCAAAUUUCUACUACCAAUGUAAAAUAUGGGUUGAUGGUCCCAUACUCUGGCUACUAUUCCCAGGUUUUCUCUUACAGGAACUUCCUUUAGUACCCCCAUUUUUCUUACUGGGAGGUUUCAUGAAUCUCAAGAUAUUACUAACGAGAACAAACCUUAACAUGGCCAUACAGCCCAGAAAACUCACAGCAACCCAGUGAUUCCAGCCAUGAAAGCCUUCGACAACACAACCUUCACUAUGUCAAUUUUUGAAAUGCUUUUAAAUCAGUUUUUUCUUCAGAUUUGCACUCUGAAAUUUUCAGGAUCUUUCCAUAUCAAAUUAUCCUCCUGAAAACUUAUAUGUACUAAUAAAAGCAGCUUCAGAUAUCUAGAGGGGUAAUGCACAUGCUAAGCAAUCGUAAACAUUCACAGCAGCUACAUACAAGCAAGGUGCUGCCUCCAGCUCUAUCACCUGUGUCUCAUGUACAUAUUUUUGAUAGGUGGGUCAUUUUUGCCUCUUCUGAACAUACUGCCUCAACUGGCAAUUGAACCCAACUCAUAAAAGAUCCUGAAGCAAAAAUAAGGGAAUGCAUUUUGGUCAUGUUGGCUACCUAUUGCUGCCGUGCACAAAAUUACAUGUGUUAGUAGACCUAGAGAUGAAGGUGAAUUCUAGAAUCCAUUUUAAUGCAAAAUUCCAUAGUAUUGCAUUUUUGAACUAAUAUGUAUAAUGUAUAAUAAGAAUUCAGUAAUCCUUCAUAAUUUGUUCUUCAAAUUUUCUGAAGCAAAAAUAAGGGAAUGCAUUUUGGUCAUGUUGGCUACCACUUGCUGCCGUGCACAAAAUUACGUGUAUUUGUAGACCUAGAGAUGGAGAUGAAUUCUAGUAUCCAUUUUAAUGCAAACUUCUAUAGUAUUGCAUUUUGAACUAAUAUGCACAGUAAAAUUCAGUAAUACUUCAAAAUUUGCCCUUCCGAUUUUGAAAUGAUGUUCUCCAGUGAAGAAGUAUAUACUGCAAUGCAUAUAUUUUGCAGAAGUGGACCGUGUACUUUGAUAAUUUCCAGGGAACUCUAAAGUCCUUUGGAAAAGAGUUGAAAACGACUGGGUUUGAUUCUAAAUAAUCAGUUUCUUUUUUACAGCUUUCAUAAUUCCAUCACCAUUUUUAAAAAUCAUUUAAAACACAUCAUCAGAAUCUGCUUUAUUGAAAUAGAUCAUGCAUUUGCAUAUACAUAAGCAAUAUAUUAAAUAUGUCCAUCGAGCACAGUAUUCAGUCUGAAUAACUCCAAUUCCAAUUCAAGCAAAUAGCUUUAUCCAGUUGAAAUUUGGGUUAGGACCAAAAUCUACAAAUGCUGCACAGAAGGUUGUGCUGGAAUUUGAUUUUAAAAUUGCACAAGAAUCUAGAUGCUCACACUAAGCCAACUGAAAAAAUAGACAGUAAAGUAGGUUGGAUGUACAUUUUAUUGAAUGCACAGCUGUUGGUGGGUAUGACAUAUUUUCCAAAUUCAUACAGUCCUCCAGGAUGUUCACAGUUUCAUGUUUCCCCACAUAAGUUGGACCAAUAAAAAGAACAAUUUCAUU